UCAGAUCUCUCUGCAGCAUACAGUUGAUGAAGUUUUGCUGGAGGAGCUUGAAGUUGUAGGUGAUGAGGACAGGUCUCGAGAGCAUCACUCCACUGGAAGCAGACUCGCACGCUCAAUAAUGCAAAAGAUGAAGAUGAGUGUUUGCUGGAUGUUCGUGAUCCUCCUGGGCUGCAGGUUGUUGCAUGCAUCUCAGUCUCAGAGCACCAGUAUCUGCAAACACAAGCUGAAAACUGUCUGUAUACCUGACAAACACAAUGUGUCCAUUCCUUGCCCGGAUAUGACUGGUGAAGACUUUGGAUAUACCCUUUUUAAGGACGAAAAAGUAAUUCAUAAUCAUACAUGCAGCCUUGGAAAAAACGCUUUAAACUGUAAAUUAAACACCAGCAUGGGUGUGUUGCUUGAGCGAAAUAAUUCGUCAGCUUUCAUCCUCACUGGAGUGACUGCCGAAAACUAUGGUAUCUACAGAUGUGAGGGCAUGGUCACGUACCCUCCUCCUUAUAUAAACGAUGCAUCUGCUUUGAGGAUCCUGGUGCUUGUACAGGGAUACCAAUGCAAGGUAAAACCUGCACCAUGUGAAAUCAAACAUGUAGUUCACAGACUUCACUGGAUUUGGAUUUCUGUGGUUGUAGUUACCUGCAUCUACAGCAUAGUCGUCACCAUCAUCGCUGUGCUCAACUAUAUCAAGCUACGGCAUUCAGACUCCCAGAGUGACUACAUGAACACCAAACCCAGAGCACCCAAGGAUCGCAAGAGGAAGAGAGGCUUAGAGAAUCCUAUACCACGACACUUUUGAUCACCUGUCCAUCACCUGACCCUUUGACCCUGCAGUUAUCCCCAUCAGCUGUCUCCAUAGAAACAGAAGGUGGUGUCCUCGUAGUAGCUUUCUCUGACCAGAAUAUUAUAUAUGAGUGAGGUUCGUUUUGUUUAGUGUGUCUUGUUUUAAUCGGCAUAGUUGUUUUGUGUCUACACAGCAGAAGUAGCAGGUCCUUUUCUUUUUUUCCCUUUUUUACAGAUGUGGUUGUAUGAAAACAGUAAAAAUAACUUACCCAACAUCGGUUUUGCUCGCUUCCUGUUUCACUCACUGACUCUGCCUGUUUC